GACGUAUUUGGGCGCUGACGCAAUGUCCCAGCGCCUGGCAACACGCAGCGAGUGAUUCAUUGUAAAGUUGGGAGAUGGCUUGGCUAAUUUGUUAUUUCACUAAGAGAUAAACAUGUCCCUUAGCCGGACAGCUGCUAACCUAUAUAUUUUACACUAAUAAUUCGGUUUGUAUCAUACAAUCAUCCAACCAUGAAGUUGCUCCAUAAAGAUAUUGAGAAAGAUAAUGCCGGUCAGGUGACUCUGGUGCCCGAGGAGGCGGAGGAUAUGUGGCAUACCUACAACCUGCUCCAAGUGGGGGACAGCUUAAGAGCCUCGACUAUCAGAAAGGUGCAGACCGAGUCCCCUACAGGAAGCGUGGGCAGCUCGAGAGUCCGAACUACUCUGACGUUGUGUGUGGAGACUAUCGACUUCGACACCCAGGCCUGCCAGCUGAGAGUAAAGGGAACUAACAUAGAGGAGAACCAAUAUGUCAAGAUGGGGGCUUAUCACACUAUUGAGCUUGAGCUCAACAGGAAGUUCACUCUGGCUAAAAAGAACUGGGACAGCGUCGUGCUGGAUAGAAUUGAUCAGGCAUGUGACCCGACCCAGAGGGCAGAUGUGGCUGCUGUGGUAAUGCAGGAAGGCCUGGCCAACCUGGUGCUCGUGACACCUGCCAUGACGCUGCUUCGUGCAAAAGUGGAAGUCACCAUUCCCCGUAAGAGAAAAGGAAGCUGCACACAGCACGACAAGGGACUGGAGAAGUUUUAUGAAGCUGUGAUGCAAGCCAUUCUCCGUCACAUCAAUUUUGAUGUUGUGAAGUGCAUCCUGGUGGCCAGCCCAGGCUAUGUGAAGGACCAGUUUACGACCUACCUCUUUAAUGAGGCGGUACGGCAGGACAACAAGAUCCUGCAGGAGAAUCGGCCCAAAUUCAUGCUGGUCCACUCAUCGUCAGGUCAUAAGUACUCACUCAAAGAAGUCCUUUCUGACCCCACUGUGACAAAUAGGCUGUCUGAUACGAAGGCAGCCGGAGAGGUGAAAGCCCUGGAGGACUUCUAUAAAAUGCUGCAGCAUGAGCCUGACCGAGCCUUCUACGGCCUCGCUCAUGUGGAGAAAGCUGCUGAGGCCCUCGCUGUGGACACCUUGUUGGUAAGCGACAAGUUGUUCAGACAUCAGGAUAUCCCCACCAGGAGUCGCUACGUUCGCUUGGUGGACAAUGUGAGAGACAAUGGUGGCACUGUCAGAAUAUUCUCAAGCCUUCACGUUUCGGGUGAACAACUGACUCAGCUGAGUGGGGUGGCUGCCAUAUUGCGGUUUCCCAUCGCCGACCUUUCAGACGCCGAGGACAACAGUAGCUCAGAUGAAGACUGAUCCACACAAACACCCCAGACUUCUCCCGAUACCCGCCCUCAGUUUUGCAGAUAAACAUGGGAAUGUUCAAUGUGUUAUGAAACAACGAGUCGUGAGAAAUUCCACCCCUGUAACAGCCACAUCUUUUACAAAUCAAAUGAACAUGCCUGAUUUUCUAAAGUGGCCAUAAAUUCACUUAAUUUUGAUGCAGUUUUGAUGGUUUUUAAGCUAAAGACAGAAAAUCCUCAAUUCACAAGAAGGGCAGUAAGAUGAAUCUAACAUUUUUUUUUUUUUUUGCCAAGUCACAAAAACCCAUUCAUUUUAAAUGAUAGCAAUAGCAAAAUCAGUGACUUCUUGAGUCAAGUGUACAUACAAUAUAUCUUUCUUGCAAUUAAACAGCAGAAGCAUGCAACUA